UCCCGGCUUACCCUCGGCCCCGCUCGGCCCUUCCUUCCCGGUCGGGGCGAUGGCGGCGGGCCGCCGUUCGCCACCCGGUCCCUGCUGCCCGUCGCGGGUGGCGGUACCCAGCGUGUACCAGAGCCUGCCGGAGAUGGACUUCGAGCGGGGGAUCUGGUCGGCGGCGCGGGAUGGGGACGAGCCCCGGGUGCUGGAGCUGCUGGAGCGGCGGGGGGAGCCCAGCCAGCCCGACCUGGCGGGGUACACGGCGCUGCACUACGCCAGCCGCAACGGGCACCUGGGGGUCUGCCGGCUGCUGCUGCAGCGGGGCGCCCGCUGCGACGCCCGGACGCCCGGCGGUGCCACCCCCCUGCACCGCGCCAGCUACUGCGGCCACCUCGCCGUCGCCCGGCUCCUGCUGGCCCACGGCGCCGACCCGGCCAACGCCGAUGAGGACGGACGUACCAGCCUGCACAAGGCGGCUGAGCAAGGCCACCGGGAGCUCUGCGCCUUGCUCCUGCGGCACAGCCCGGCGCUGGCCGGCAUCCGCGACGCCAAGGGCCGGCGACCCCGCGAUGUGGCCGACCCGGCGGUGCAGGACCUGCUGGAUACCUGAGGGGGACACGGCGGGAGCGGGAGAACCAGAGCCACCGUGCCGCGGGAGACACGGUGCCACCGGACCCCGUCUCCGAUGGAUAAACAAAGCCCCUGGCACCGAAUGCUGUCUCCGCCUCUCUGUCCCCUGCGCCGGGUGCCGGGGGUCACCCCUCGGUGGGUGGCCGAGCACCCCGCCAGCGGCUUUUAUUUCCUCAAAAAGCCACUAAAAAUGUGCAAAAUA